UCUCUCUCUAUCUACCCAUGCUUUUUUUCACUUUUGAUGUUCUUCUUUUGGGUCUUCUGAGAAACUAGAAAAAGUGUUAAACAGGUGAAGGAAUGAAUCAAUGUGAUAAUAAAGAGGGUGUGUCAAGAAUGAUUGACCAACUCUUGGAAAUGGGAAACAAAACAGUCGUGUGCCAGCAAAGAUACCAAGACAGAGGGAAGAGCAUAUGGCUCCAUGAAAACCCCCUGAAUCUCCCAACCCCGCUCCUCAUGUUUCAGCUCAUUCUCAUCUUCUUCGUUACCCGACUCGUCCAUCUCGCCCUCAAGCCGCUCGGUCAAAUCACCAUCGUAUCGCAGCUCCUCGGAGGAAUUCUGCUGGGACCCUCGGUUUUAGGCCAGAACAAGGCUCUGGCGUCGAGCAUUUUCCCCGCGAGGAGUGAGACGAUCAUCGAGACGUUCACGAUGUUUGGCGUCAUGUUCUUCCUCUUCUGUCUCGGGGUGAAGAUGGACCCUGCCUCGAUGCUGCGGCCAGGGCGCAAGGCGCUUUUGAUCGGCUCCUCCAUGUUGCUCUUGUCGUUGGUCGUCCUGCUCAUCCUGUCAACGGUCCUGCAACGCCACUUCACCCUGGACUCGAGCCUCACAAAGGCAUUGCCGUACGUCGCGGGUGUGCAAGCCCUGACUGGCUUUCCGGUCAUCUCCUCCCUGCUCAUCGAGCUUAGGAUCCACAACACUGACCUGGGCAGGCUCGCCAUCUCCUCGUCCAUGGUCUGUGACCUGAUUGGGAUGGGAUUGGCGGCCAUAGGGACGGGGAUGGCGGAGAAUGACGGUCACGUGGCGAUGUCGGGGUUAGCUAUCGCAGCGGCAGUUGCAGUUCUGCUGGUUAUUGUUUUCGUAUUUAAGCCGCUGAUAUUACGGUUGAUACACAAUACUCAACCCGGGAAAACCAUCGACGAGGGUACAUUGAUGUGUGUCAUAUUGCUUGUUCUCGUGACGGGGUUCAUGGCCGAAACGGUGGGCCAACACUAUCUCGGUCCCCUAUUUCUGGGCUUGAUGGUUCCGGAUGGACCGCCGCUGGGCACGGCCAUCGAAUCAAGAAUAGAACUUUUCGCGUCCAGCUUGCUCUACCCUGCCUUUGUGUCCGUGUCGGGUUUACGCACUGACGUGUUCCAAAUUCACAACGAGUCCCUCUGGAUCCUGGCUGUUCUGGUCGUCGUCUCCUUCCUCGUCAAAUUCGGAGUGGUAGUAUCGGCCGCACUCUACAGCAAGAUUCCCUUUCGAGAAGCUUUCGUUCUCGGUCUCAUCUUGAACGGAAAAGGCGUAAUCGAGCUCGUGCUCUACAACGUCUGGCGAAAUGGCCAGGUCGUAACGAAUGAACUGUUUUCCCUGUGUAUAAUAUCAACUAUACUGGUGACGGGAAUCACAACCCCGCUUGUGAAAGUCCUCUAUGAUCCUUCAAGGCAAUUCAUAUCGGUCAAAAGAUCUUCGAUCCAGCAUAACAAGCCCAAUUCCGAGCUCCGGAUUCUCGUCUGUGUCGACAGUCACGACAGCGUCCCGACAAUCAUAAACCUCCUAGAGGUAUCCCAUGCUUCGGAAGAGAGCCCGAUCGCAAUCAUGGCAAUGGUGUUGGUCGAGCUCAUUGGCCGAACCACUGCCAUGCUCGUGUGCCACAAGGAUCGAGUCAUCGACUCUAGUUCAAUCACGUCCGGGCACAUAAUUAAUGCUUUCAGGAACUACGAGCACCACAACGAAGGGCGUGUCACGGUGCAGACGUUCACUGCCAUAUCUGAUUUCGAUACCAUGCAUGUCGAUAUAUGCCAGGUGGCCCUCGACGAGAGAGCGAGCAUCGUGAUCGUCCCGUUUCACAAGCAGUGGGCGGUCGAUGGCCAAGUAGGCAAGGUAAACCGAGCUGUCCAGACCAUGAAUCUACAUGUCCUAGAGCAAGCGCCGUGCUCGGUCGGGAUCCUCAUAGACAGGGGAAUCGUGAGGGGCACGCUCACAAUCCUGACGAGCGAAUCCACGUUCCAUGUCGCGGUCCUCUUCAUCGGCGGCCCGGACGAUGCGGAAUCCCUGGCCUACGGUUCCCGGAUGGCAAAACACGAGAACGUCAUCGUGACGGUCAUUCGCUUCCUUCUCUUCGGGAGCGAGAACACGAAAGACCGGAGGAUCGACACGGAGCUGAUCUACGAGUACAGGCAUUCCAACGUGGGGAACGAGAGAUUCGUCUACAUGGAAGAGGUGGUGAGAGACGGGGUGGGCCUAGCUUCGUUCAUCGGAAAGAUGGUGGACCGUUAUGAUCUGAUACUGAUCGGGAGGCAACACCAGGCCUCCCCGAUCUUCACGGGGCUCGAACAGUGGAGCGAGUGCCCCGAGCUCGGCGUCAUCCCCGACAUGCUCGCUUCGCCAGACUUUGAGAGCACGGCCUCGGUCCUGGUGAUUCAGCAACAAAGGAUAGGAGGCACUUUGAUGGCCGGUCACGCCAUACAAUCUGCGAUCCAUCCUAGGGAUCAGGCAUACGCACCCACAACCGUCCCUCAGGAUGAAGCAGGGAGAGCUUCCUGGAGCAUCUCCAUAGAUAAGCGAGGCAGGACUUGAGGAGGAAAGUCUCUAUUUACAUUGCCCCCUUUGCCAAACAGAUUUUUGCUUCUCUAGUUUGAAUGUUCCUGUUUCCUUAGUCCUAGUCUUCGACUGACUGUUCCAAUGCAAAGAUGGGUCAGUCACGUUGUUGUAAUAAUUUAGCCAGCUUAAUGCAAACAGAACGACCAAUUCCACUUCAAA